AUGUCACGGCGUAUCAUCCGUCUCUCCAAGCUCUCUUCUCGGAACAACAAUGUUUUCAUCCAAAAGUGCGUUCGCUUUUUCUCCACCGGCCCGUACUUGACACUCGGUUGCAACACUGGAGAUGUCCUCUUGUUUGACCCGGCCAAAGAACAGAUAGUGACUCUCCACGGCAAAACAAUACCUAAAGAGCUCAAGGACGAAGAAAUGAUUGGAGCUUCUCAUGGAUGGGUUUUUUUCUCUGACCGGCGUGAUCGUAUGGUACGUGUCAGCGACAUUUACAAUCCUUUUGCAUCCAAAUCAAACCCUACCGUGAUUCCUCUGCCUUGUCUUACCGAUCUUCCCUGUGAACAAAUCGAACAAGUAUGUAACGUAGCAAUGUCGUCUUCCUCCCCUCUCGAGAAAGACUGUCUAGUGGCUAUCAAGUUUUCAGGUGACCAGUUGAGUCUAUGCAGGCCCGGUCGUGACCUUGAGUGGAUUAACAUCUUAACCCCUUUCCACUGCUGUGAAAACUCAAAUCUCAUCAGACCCCGCGCUGAGCUCCAUGAGUUGGUCUAUCGCGGCCCUCCAGAGAUGGACCAGUCCGAGUGGGAGGUCUUGAGUUCGUGCUCCAGGAGGGAAUACCUUGUUGAGUCAUCCUCUAGUGAUGAACGUUACCUAGUCAAAUGGUACGCGCAUGGCUUCUACUCAUCGGUGUUAAAAGGAAUUGAUUACGAAACAAAGAGGUUCAUGGUGUUUAGUGAGGAGGAGACUACCGAGGGAAAAAUCAUGUGUUACACAGAGGACAUUGGAGAUAUGUGCAUUUUCAUUGCAAGUAACGAGGCUUUCUGCAUCCCGACUAGCUCAUGCCCCGGUCUGAAACCUAGCACCAUCUAUUUUAUGGGACGUGGCUUUGGUUCUUACGAUCUCACUACCGGAGACACACAUCAUUACAAAGCUCCCGGUGGUGUUAUCACCACUCCUUACUGGCUUCCUCCAUUUUCUAUGUAG